AUGGCCAGUGUAGCGAGAACAAUCGCUCCAGUAGCCCUUAUAGCGGCCCUACUAUACGUUCCUGCAGAUCUAGUCGAACAACACUUGGGCGCCGACUUCGCGCAAAACACUUUCCCUCGCCUCGUCCAACCCAUCCUGAAAGCUCUUGUUGGGCUGGGCAUAGCCAGGACGCUGAACCGUGCUCUCAACGCACUCGCCACAAACAACUGGCGUAUAUUUUCCUCCCCGCUCGCGGGAAUAUGGGACUGGCCCAAGGAAAUCGCCGUCGUGACAGGAGGGUGCAGUGGGAUCGGUCUGGCUUUGGUCGAGGGUCUUGCGGCCAGAGGGGUCAGAGUCGCCGUAUUAGAUGUUAAUGAGCCUCCACCAGCCGUGGCAUCCAACCCGAAGGUCACUUAUUUUAACUGCGAUGUUACCUCUCUGCAACAAGUCGCCGAGACGGCCAACGCUAUACGCAAGAUCAUGGACGGCGAUCCAACGAUCUUAAUCAACAACGCUGGCAUUGCGCGAUUCAACUCGGUGCUCGACAUUCCAGAGCAUUCUUUACGGCAAGUUGUUGGAGUCAACCUGAUGGCAUUGUGGUUUACUACAAAACAGUUCUUGCCGGCAAUGAUCAAGAACAACAAGGGGCACAUUAUAACCGUUGCAAGUCUGGCGAGCUUCGUAGCGUUGCCGAUGAGUAUUGAGUACAGCGCCACCAAGGCUGGGGCGCUGGCUUUCCAUGAGGGCCUGGCGUGUGAGAUCAAACAUCUGUACAAAGCUCGCGGUAUCAAAACGAGUGUAGUGCACCCAAACUUCCUCUUUGUUGAGCUGCAGUUCUCGAGACAAGAACUGGGCAUAUGUGACUAUACCGCACGCCACGCGGAUCGAGAGAACACAGAAGAUGAUGACAAUUGA